UGAGAACUGCCCACCUCGAACAGUGGCAUAUCAACGAAUUUCUCGGGCUCCAACGUCCUCUUGUAUAUACAGAUGGCAUUGUACCUACUGAACUGUAAGUCCUUGAAGAGGGAAGUUGAACGCUGUAAUAGUGACCAUCUUGAUCAACUCCCGGGGGCUUCUCAUACAUUCAUAGCCAUGGAUAGCCGAGGAUACGACAUACACAAGCAAAGAAUAAGCCCACAAAUAGCCGAUCAGCUCCUGGACCGACUUGUGGUUCCCAGAGAGAUUACAUUGAAGGUCAUGCUUUUACGAAAUAUAGCCGAAGGAAGACUGGUAAAUGGAUCUGUCGGAAAAGUGCUCGAAUUUAUCACUGCACAUGAAGCACGCAAGCGGUUCAUCGAAGUUGCGCAACCCAAAGGGUCUGAUGAAUCUCUGCCGAUUCUACCCCCAGCGGCGUCGGAAGUUGAAGGUACU